AUGGCUAGAAAAUCUACUCGUGUUAACAAGCGCAAAUGGCCAUGUGGUACGUGCGGUCUUCAGUGCAAUGACAACACUGUAUUAUGUGAAGGCUGUGGAGUGUGGCACCACGCAAAAUGUGAGCGCCUUUCUCAAAACCAUCUGAGCACGUUGAAGCGAUUGAUGGAAGAUUAUUUAUGUUCGUCCUGUACGCAUGUUCGUGGCAGUUACAACUUCUCAGCAGCCUUGGACCGCUUGGAGAUCGCAUCAAAGCUUGGAAUGCUGGAAAGUGCUGUGAAAAUGGAGCAGAUUCUAAUGCGUAAUACACCCCCCAGAACAACCAACGCCGAAGAACUGCAGUUUGGAACUUCGCGGCUCGAUAUUGUAGCACAAGAUAUACUGAGAAAAGCUGGUGAGUCCUACUUUUAAUAUAUUUGUCUCAUUAGAUAACCGCCGAAAAUGAUUUUAUUGCAUGUUACUAUACUACUUACCUAUUACGCACGUUUUCUAUAUAAAGUUAUGUUACAUUGCAUAAGGUUAUAUUCACGUUGUAUAAAGUUAUACUAUGUUCUAUAGAUUUAUGCUAUGUUGUAUAAUGUUAUGUUAUGCUUCUUCAUAUAUUUGUAUAUGCGGAGCGUUGUCUUUUUAUUCACACUGAGGGCAAAAAAUGUACGAUUGUAUAAAAUUUUUCACCGUGCGUGCCCCAUUGAACUAUAAAUAACUGGAAGGUUAAGUCAGGAGGGAAGUUGAAGCCGUGCUGGAAGCUUUUUUUGUAGGUAGACCCAGUCCUUUUUAAAUUUUUUUUUCAAAAUAUGCAUAUUUUUUGAUCAGAAAAUUCUUGCCCCAAAAUAUUAGUUAUACCACCGAAUUUAAUUUACAUCAGUAGUCUAAUAAACAAAUUUAAUAUUCGCAAAGCAAACAAACUUUACAAACUUUUCAGUUGAAAAAACAAUUCGCACUCCCUGCAACCGCGCGAAAUUCCUUGCCUCAGGAGUCUCGUUCUCGUCCCCAGAGCCAUUUUCACGCGUGCGGCCGAGAGGCCCUGGGAACGAGGAUGCAGGAGUCUGGGACCAACCAAAAUGCCCUUUUCAAUGCGCCAUUUUGUGGAGACAAACUUUUUACUGGGUGAUCGCUAGAUAGUAUACUUCAAAAUAAGGUUUCCGUUUUUAUAACGUAGAAAAAACUAUCCUAACGCAAAACUAAACCCUAAUAUUAGCCCUAACCUAAACCCUAACCUAACCCUAACUUAUUUUAAUUAUUUUAAAAAUUGAUAUAAAAACGGAAACCUUAUUUUGAAGUAUACUAUCUAGCAAUUGCCCUUUUUACUGAGAAAAGAUAAGAGCAUGCAUUCUAUGUCUAUUAUUUCUAUGGGUUAUGCCGAAGACUGUCAUAAUUUUUUACAUAAGGGUCGGGGGCUAAGUUUGUUUUACUGAUCUAGUUGCCGAUCAAGAUGCCGAUAUCAAUUCGGUAAAGUUCAGAGUAGGUGUAAUUUAACAAAUGCAUGUAAUUUUAAUGAAUAGCAAGAGCUUGUAAUGCAAAAUCAGUAAAAAAUAUAAUUAUAGCUACAGUGUGCACAUGCAUGAAUAUCGAUAGCGUGUCGACUAUGGAGUUUCGGUCAGUGACGAAGCCAGAUCAGUCCUGCUUGUCCUGCUGAGCAUGACAUACAAAAUUUCAGAUAAUGAAUUUUUUACACAUAAUUUUUAAAAGAAAACACUUUUAUCCAGCUUGACAUAUAUUUUUCCAUUUUCUUAACUUCAGCACGUUGCGCAGAAAUUCUUAAUCCAUAUUUUUGAAUAACGUGCCUAUAUACUCUAGCCUAUGCUGCCCUAUAGCCUGUACCUGUUCGUACUGUUCUAGGUUGUGAGCCAUCCUAUAUAGUUCUUAUCCUUGGUUAUAGGUGGGAUUCCUGGACGUAUGCCUGCUACUGUACCUGCCAACGGAAAUUGCCUUUUCAACGCUCUUUCAGUUGCCAUUGCAGGGAAUAUUUCCCUGGCAACAGAGUUGCGAGUGAGAACCUGCAUUGAAAUGGUAGAAAACAGAAACGACUACCCUAAGAAGCACAAGCAAAGCGGAAUUGAUCUCGUGUCUCCUGACUACAAGGAAGCAAUGUACGAAUGCGCAGUGAACUGCAAAUUUUCGUCCGCGUGGACAUUAAGUGCAGCAUCAGUGAUAUUAAAUACAAGAAUUGUGUCCGUUUUUCCACCGGUUAACGGUCUCAUGGAUAAAACAAUUUCCAUUUUAAAUACCACAUUCGCCCCCAAAAAAGAAGGUUCACACAGAGCGCCAAUCGUAAUUAUGUGGAGUAGUGUCCAUCUGGAAAAGAAGUACCACGAGGUAUAAAGGAGAAUGUUUUGUUCGUCCUCAACAACGAAGAGAAUGCAUCUCGACAAGCGCGUGGUGGAAGAGCAUUUUAUGCUGAUGAUUGUGGAACCUGGUCAAGCAAGGCAUCUUGUAAAACCCACCACUACAUUGUAGAAGAAAACAACCUGGACUAUGUCGACAAGAAAGACGGGCAGUAUGUCAAAUACAAUAAAAGUAAAAGAGUGCCUAUUGAACCUCAACCAGACAGUGCUAAUAUUAUUGUGUUUAAACGUUAUUAUAUUUCUCUCAAACGCAACCCGUCAUUUAAGAAACGCAUUUCCACAGUGACGGAAUGUCCAGAGGAAUUGUUGCACAUCAAGAACAUUGCUGUCGCAGAGUAUAUCGGUGACUUUCCACAAAACAAUAUACCUCAUGGGAACAGUAAGAACAUUACUGGUGAUUAUGUCCGCACAUCUUGCGCUGUAAAACGAAAGUUAGAUGACAUGAUCGAAGCUAAAAACACUCCUCGCGAAGUUUAUGAAGAUAUGGUACUUAAUAGUUCCGAUUGCGCACCUAGGGAUUUAAAGCAAGUACAAAAUGCUAAGUACACUUUAGGAAGGAUAAAGAGAAUUGACAACGGACAUAUUUACAGAAACAACCAGGCAGACGAAGUACAGACGCUAUUAUCUGACAUUCACAAACAUCCGUUUAUACAAGAAAUAAUACAGACGAAAGGUAAGCCACCAUGUGUUGUACUUUAUCUGGAAGAUAAUUUAAAAGACAUACGCCAAUUUUGUACAUCCAGUGCUCGCAAUCCAAGUGUUCUUGGAAUAGAUCGAACAUUUAAUCUUGGUGCGUGUUUUGCGACUACUCUGGUAUACCAGCACAAUAAUUUAAUAAGAAAAGGGGCAAGUAAUCCCCCAAUUAUGCUUGCUGCAAUUUAUUUACACUGGGAUGGACUUUACACAACAUACCACAGAUUUUUUUCGCAUCUUCAAAGUAAGUUAAAUGUUGACAUCGGUGGAACACAGCUCUCUAAAAUUGUUAUUGGAUCUGACGAAGAGGCCGCACUUACGAAAGCAAUAAAACAAUGUUUUCCAUCGUCUGCGAAUAUACUUUGUUCGCGCCAUUUGGAGGAGAAUGUUCGCCGAUAUUUGACAAACAAUAUUGGGGUAAGUGACAAAGUUAGAAAACAAGUUGUAAGCGAUAUUUUCGGGAAGCAUGGAUUAACGUCUUUUAACGAGGUCAAAAAGUUCGAACUGAAAUUAAUGAAACUUUCCGACAAAUACUUGAAAUAUUUACCUUCGUUCGAAGAAUACUUCAGAAAAACUGCACAAAAAAUUCGAUCUGGCGUUCUUCAACCGCGCAUAGAGAAUAAGUGGCUUCCUAUUAACUGGAAGAACAAUUCAUGUGAGUCAAUGAACCACAUCAUUAAGCUCUCGGCAAAUUGGAAGACAAUGAAAUUGCCAGAUUUGAUCGAAAGACUUUACAAGAUUGUCAAGCUACAGCAAGCUGAAUGUAGGAGAGCUUUAUACGGUCAAGGAAACUAUGAGUUAGCCCCGUGGAUGUCGAAAUGCAAAAUACAAUAUGUACACUGGACACAAAAAACGAAAGAAGAAAAAGAAGCAUUGUUCGCAAAAUUGAUGAAGGGUAUGCCAGCAAAGAAAAAAACUGUUUCCUCUACAGAUGGUCGCCUAACAAUUCCAAAAACUUGUAAAACUGCGAAGAAACCAGGCCAACGGAAAAGAGUAAAAAGUUUGAAAACAAUGACCAGAAACAGAAAUAUUAAGUGA